AUGUUUUGGUUUACGCUCGAAACCGUCGUGCAGGAGGAUCUUGGGACGGAGUAUCUAGUGAAGCCAGUUGGUGAGGCUGAUGAUGAGGAAGACGCAAGUGAUUUCGACCCGGAAGAUGAUGGCGUUGAAGAAGACAUCGAUGAAGAGGAUGAGGAAGAUGAUGUUGAUGAGGACUGUAACUUGUCUGCUGGCAAAUCUGAGCCUCUCCCAAAGAGGAAGAGAGUUGCUAAGGACCAGAAUGAGCAAGGAGUUGUCACCGGUGAUGACGAGAGGCCUUCGAAACGCUAG